CCUGAAUAGAUGAAAAGCAGAACAGAUGAAAUUACAGUGCUGACAUCACUGCAUUUGAGCUGAUUAGACGUGGCUACAUACAGACAGAGAUUCAUGGAAUUGUAGUAUGAUGUCAUGUGUCAUAUGAUAAUGUCAUGUGCCUCUGAUCUUCAAACUGCUACAAUGAAGACAUUGGAGGCCUGUGAGGUGUCAGAGAGGGAUGUACUGUGCAGCAGUACAAGUAAAUACCUUAUUAAGGAGUUCAUUGGAGAAGGAUGCUUUAGCAAAGUUGCCAGGGGUGCAAAUUUAUUCACAUCCCAGGACGUAGCACUCAAGCUCCUGAAAAGUGAACGUAGUGCUAGAAGAGAGAUCAGGAUGCUCGAAGCAGUGAGUGCCCUUGACCCAGUCAAAAAGAAUGUGGUACGCUUCUUAGAGACGUUUGUGGUCAAAGAACAGACCUGUCUAGUAUUUGAAGUGUUGGACAGGAACCUUUAUCAACUUCUCAGAGAGCGACAGAUGAAGCCACUGUCUCCCAACGAAAUACGGCCAAUAGCACACCAGUUGGUGACAGCCUUUAACGGCCUGAAAGGCCUCGGUGUUAUUCACUCUGACCUGAAGCCAGACAAUAUAAUGCUGGUAAACCAUGUGAAUGAGCCUUUCAGGGUGAAAAUUAUAGACUUUGGCGUUUCCUUCAUGACCUCGGAUUACAUACGUGGGCAGAAAAUUCAGCCAUUGGGUUACAGGGCACCUGAAGUCACCCUGGGCCUUCCCGUCUCCGAGGCUAUUGACAUGUGGUCUCUAGGCUGUGUGCUUGUUCUUUUGUACAUCGUCCAUAACCCCUUUUCAAAAUACUGCGAGUAUCAGUCAAUGGGAAACAUUGUAGAUAUGCUGGGCCAGCCAGCUGACCACCUCCUUGAUGCUGGGUUCCACACCAACAAAUUCUUCGAGGUGAACCAGCACUGGAACAAGCCAAGAUGGUGGAUGAAGACCCCAAAGGAAUACCAGCUUAGCAGUGGCCUUGGGCCUAAGAAACGCAAGCGGGAUUUUAAACGACUAAGUGACCUGAUAACAAUCUACCCAGAGAGACAGGGAGCUAUUGAGCUUGAGGACAGAAGAGCAUUUGUUAGCCUCUUGUCAUGCCUUCUAGACACAGACCCAGCGAAGAGGAUCACUCCCGAGAGGGCUCUCGCACACCCCUUUCUAACAAUGGUCCAUCUGGCCAAAAAAAUUGACAUCAAGUAUUUUCAGGAUUCUUUGGAGAAAAUGAAGGUCUUAGGAUUUGAUAACUUGAAAAACGGUCUGUCUUCAUUCGGGGAAACUACCUCAGCCGCUAAGAAAGGGACCAGAGAUCAAGAGCCUUCAGCCAGAACUCAUCCAACUCCAGCCAAACCUCAUCCAACUCAGAAGACACCAGCCAAAAAUGAGAGCUCACCUGCCAAAGUGAAGAAAAGCCGACUGAAGAGAAUCAGGAAUUUCUUUGGAAGGAUAAUGAGCUGAGGCAGAUGAGCUCUCUACAUUUAGGGUUAGAGUGAGUCCUGAGCUAUCUCUGAGUUGAUGCUGCUAUAAGUCUAGACUGCUCUCUCUCUCUGUGUCUCUCUCUCUGUGUCUCUCUCUCUGUCUCUCUCUCUUCUCUGUAUUAUUAUUGUCAUGAUAUGUAAUGUCUGGCAGAUCUUAAAACAAUGGCUACACAACUGUACCUGGUCUCUCUCAUAUCUCCCCCUUUUUCCACCCACCUCUCCUCUCACCCCAAGUGCUCGCUCACUGUGGGAACUGUUGGAUUUCUCUCUAAUAGUGUAAGGUCUCUUCCUUACUAUUUAAUUGAAGUGCUUUGAGAUCAUGUAUGUUGUCAAUAUGUAUUUGGUGAAUAAAAUUGAAUUGAGAUGAAUUUAA